GCGAGGCAAAGGCGGCACCGCCGGCGCCGCAGGGGUUAAGGCCCGGAACGGGCCGCGCUGUUGCCAGGGCGACGGCUCGGAGUGUUCCGGAUCGUACCAUUGCGCAAGAGGCGCGGGGGGGGAGUCGUGAAGCGCCGCGCCGCGCCGAGCCGAGCCGAGCCGAGCCGAGCGAGGCCGCAGCCGCCGCCAGACCCAGCCCAGCGCCGCCUCCUCCUCCCCCCGCGCGGCCCGGACGCGGCGCCGGGGCCCGGGCGAGCGCGGAGCAAGGAGCCGAGCGGCGGCGGCGGGGCCGAGCCGGGCCCGGGCGGCGGCAGCGGCGGCCCCCGCGCUCGCGCCCGCAGCGCGGCCUGCCCGAGCUCCCCGCGGGGAGGCGGGAUGCGGGCGGGCGCGGGCGGCGCGGCCUGAGCAGCGGCGCAGACAAAGGAGCGGCGGCGGCGGCCGCGAGAGCGCCCGGCCCGGCACCAUGUGGCUGCGGCGCGGGGGCGGCGGCGGCGGCGGCGCGGCGCGGGGGUAGAGGCGAGCGGAGGCCGCGCGGCCGGGCCGGGCCCGUCCCGUCCCGUCCCGUCCUUCCUUCCUUGCUUCCCUCGGCGAGCGGCCGCGGGGCCGGGCCGGGCCGGGCGAUGGAGACGCACAUCUCGUGCCUGUUCCCGGAGCUGCUGGCCAUGAUCUUUGGCUACCUGGAGGUGCGGGACAAGGGCCGCGCGGCGCAGGUGUGCGCGGCGUGGCGCGACGCCGCCUACCACCGCUCCGUGUGGCGGGGCGUGGAGGCCAAGCUGCACCUGCGCCGCGCCAACCCGUCGCUCUUCCCCAGCCUGGCGGCGCGGGGCAUCCGGCGGGUGCAGAUUCUGUCGCUGCGCCGCAGCCUGAGCUACGUGAUCCAGGGCAUGGCCGACAUCGAGAGCCUCAACCUGAGCGGCUGCUACAACCUCACUGACAACGGGCUGGGCCACGCCUUCGUGGCCGAGAUUAGCUCCCUGCGCUCGCUCAACCUGAGCCUGUGCAAGCAGAUCACGGACAGCAGCCUGGGCCGCAUCGCCCAGUACCUCAAGGGCCUGGAAGUGCUGGAGCUGGGCGGCUGCAGCAACAUCACCAACACGGGGCUGCUGCUCAUCGCCUGGGGGCUACAGCGCCUCAAGAGCCUCAACCUGCGCUCCUGCCGCCACCUCUCGGAUGUGGGCAUUGGGCACCUGGCAGGCAUGACGCGCAGCGCGGCUGAGGGCUGUCUGGGCCUGGAGCAGCUCACGCUGCAGGACUGCCAGAAGCUCAGCGACCUGUCGCUCAAGCACCUGGCCCGGGGGCUGGCCCGGCUGCGCCAGCUCAACCUCAGCUUCUGUGGCGGCAUCUCGGACGCCGGGCUGCUGCACCUGUCGCACAUGAGCAGCCUGCGCAGCCUCAACCUGCGCUCCUGCGACAACAUCAGCGACACGGGCAUCAUGCACCUGGCCAUGGGCAGCCUGCGCCUCUCCGGCCUUGACGUCUCCUUCUGCGACAAGGUGGGCGACCAGAGCCUGGCCUACAUCGCCCAGGGACUGGACGGCCUGCGCUCCCUCUCCCUCUGCUCUUGCCACAUCAGCGACGAGGGCAUCAACCGCAUGGUGCGCCAGAUGCACGGCCUCCGCACCCUCAACAUCGGCCAGUGCGUCCGCAUCACCGACAAGGGCCUGGAGCUCAUUGCCGAGCACCUCAGCCAGCUCACUGGCAUCGACCUCUACGGCUGCACCCGCAUCACCAAGCGGGGCCUGGAGCGCAUCACCCAGCUGCCCUGCCUCAAGGUGCUCAACCUGGGACUCUGGCAAAUGACUGAGAGCGAGAAGGUCAGGUGAGAUGAGGGGGCACCCGAGACCUCCACCCCCUCUGGAGGGACUCAGUGACUGCUGCAAUGGAGGAGAGAGAGGGGCACGCACAGAGCCAUGCUACCCGCUGCCCCAGCACCAGAGGGAGGGACAGAGAGAGUACCCCUGUCCUACACCACCUGCCUGUGGUUGCGCUGGCCGGGAGGCAGGAGAGAGAAUGCCUGUCCCUUCUGUGCCCUGCCAUGCCCCUGGGUUUCUACUUGGGAUGCAGUGUCCAUGUCCCUCCCCUCCCCCCACUCCCUCUUCAUCCUCCUGCCUUGGCAUAGGAGAUAGAGGUCCACAAUCUUAUGCACUGGGGCUGGAGAUACCCGUCUUUACCCAUGACCCCCUGAGUCCAUCCCCUUGUGCACUAGGGAUGGAUAAAGACAGACCCUUCCCCAUCCUUAUUUAUCCCCAGUCCAACUACAUUUUGGGGACUGGAAACAUUUUGCAGAGGCGGGGGUGGAAAUGGAGGUGGGAACAGGCCUCUCUUCUCUCCCUGCCUCCCCCUCAAUAGAAAAAGAAAAAAAAAAGCUUACUAGCGCCACCUCCCAUGUCCAGCUAUCCCCUCUUCUCCUAGGGACACCGACCACCUGCUCAGACCAUUCCACCUUUGCCUGUUCCCCCCCAGUCAUCUGGAGAUGGCCACAGAAGCACCCUCCUCACAUGCACUCAUUCCAUUCACUUCAGUCAGGCCCCCAGCUCUAGUCUCCCCUCCUGUACUGGGGGUGGAUAAUCUCCCGCCAUUCCAGUUCUUCCGUGCUUUGGGAACAGAGAAGAGUUAUACCAGGGGCAUGGGGACGCACCUCGGUGUCACCCUGGGAGAGAAAACCGAGACACUCCCUUCUUUUCCCAUCUCCCUGCACUGGGGAUGAAAACCCAGUUUCCUUCUAUUCUGUUCCUUCUUCCCCACCUUCAGAGCUCCCAGCUUUUGGAAGGCCCGAGUCACCUUAGCCACACAUCUUUCCUUUCAUUAUUCUCUCUCUUCCUUUUUCUUGGCAGUGGGAAUAAAGACAUAUCCAGCCACAUAUCCAUUCCUCUUUGGAUUGGGGUGAGCAGGUAGAAGGUGACUAGCACCUACCUGCCCAGGGGACUUAAGGAAGAAUCUCCAGCUUCACUUUUGCUUUCAUUUGAGAUACUGUGACCUGUUUUUAUUUUGAAAUGCCUAAAAAAAAGUAACUACUACAAAAACAGCCUCUUACUCUCCCACCACUCCCCUUGCUUAUGUCCUGUAACUGAUUCCAGUUUUCCUCAUCCAUUCUCCUCUCUUUGCAGUAUUCAUUUUCUUACAUGGUUUUAUUUUUAAAGACAUUUGAAGUUGCUGUUCUUGUGGAUUUUUAAGUACAUUUUUUUCUGCUGAAUAUAUUCUAUAUAUAUAAAUAUAUAUAUGAUGUCUGGCUACCUCGUUUUAAUUUGUUACAUUUUUUCUCAAAAGCCCUGGAAUUCUUACAGGAAAGAGAUUUUGAGACAAACAUUUUUGUGCCUAGACUGGAAAAAUGCCCCUUGGGUUUGUAUUUUUUUUUUUUAA